GCUUUCUCUGUUUUUGGUUGCUCUCUCUACUCUCUAGUCUCUAUUUCUCUACAUGCUGCUAUGCUUGGUUCGUUUAGUUUGUUUUACACCAACUGCAAAGCCUCUGUCUUUUCUUGCCUUUCAUCUACAAAAACAAGGACAAGCUAGCUAGUUACCCUCCUCCUCCUUUCAGAAAUCAGAAUUAAUUGAUGUUCUGGAUCUUUUUAGUUUGAGAAACAAGUAUGGGAGAUCAAUUGGGUUUGCUAAAGGUUACUGUUGUGCAAGGAAAAAGACUGGUAAUUCGCGACUUCAAGAGUAGUGAUCCUUACGUUGUUGUCAAGUUGGGCAAUCAGAUGGCAAAAACCAAGGUUAUCAACAGUUGCCUUAAUCCUGUUUGGAAUGAAGAGCUAAGCUUCUAUCCUACAGAACCCGUCGGAGUUCUAAAUCUGGAAGUGUUUGACAAAGACUUCCUCAAGACGGAUGAUAAGAUGGGACAUGCUCACCUGAGCCUUCAGCCAAUAGUCUCGGCUGCUAGAUUGGGGCAAAUAUUACAAGUUUCUUCUUCUGGUGAGACAACAUUAAGGAAGGUUGUCCCAGAUAGUGACAACUGCCUAGUUAGGGAAAGCACCAUAAAUUGUGUAGAUGGCGAGGUGGUGCAGGGUGUUUGGUUGAGGCUUUGUGAUGUCGAGUCUGGGGAAAUAGAAUUGAAAAUCAAGUUGUCUGGUGCGCCUGUUGCUCCCUCACGGUAGUAUCACAUUUACUAUUGGCUUAGGCGUAGGCCUCUGUAGUUCGGUGAUUGUGCAAUGUAACUCCUCUAGGAUUACCAAGGAGAUUGUGAAAGUAGCUUACCAUAGAUUUAGUUUGGGAAGUAAAUUGUUUGAAUGUUUGAAGUCUGUCUGAUUAAAUUGAAAGUCCUGUUCAUGUUGAACUGCUAUACGAAAUGUUAUAUUCUUUUGGGCUUGUGUUCUCAA